AGCCUUUGGUGCCGGGGGAGGCUCUGCAGCCCAGUCAGAAGCAGAGGGCCUGGCAUCCGGACGCCAUGAGGCUGCUGCGUCUGGCGCUGCUGUUGGGCUGCCUCUGCGGGUCUUUUGCUGCUGAAGAGUCCUGCGAGGGCCGCUGUGACAAGGGCUUUGACAGUGAGAAGAAGUGCCAGUGUGACGACCUGUGCAUAUACUACCAGAGCUGCUGCAGUGACUAUGCCAGCACCUGUAAAUCCAAAGUGACACGUGGAGAUGUCUUCGUCCAGCCAGAGGACGACUACCUGGAUUAUUACGACCUGGCCAGCAGCAAUGGCUCGGUGCCCACCAGCCCCACCCCAGAGUCCACUGUGUAUAUUAUCAGUGAGGAUGAGCAAACCUGGACAGAAGGCGGCGAGGCGUGGUCGGAGGCCCCCACGGAGGGCCCCACCUGGGGCCAGGCAGAGCCUCUGCCUCCAACCCUGCCAAGUGGGGGGCAGGAGGAGGGGGCGGGGGUGGCUGCCUCGGGCGGGGAAGGCGAUGGCGAGCCCGGGCCCUUAGCCCGGGGCCGGGGCCGCUCGAUCGGGCACGCUGAGCCCCCCACCCCCUCUCGCCUCCCCUCCCUCCUGCAGGGGAACCUCUACUGGCGCUUCGACGACGGCGUCCUGGAGGACGGCUUUCCCCGCAAUAUCUCCGACGGCUUCCAGGGCAUACCGGACGACCUAGACGCCGCCCUCGCCCUGCCCGCCGAGAACUACUUCGCCAGCGAGCACGUCUACUUCUUCAAAGGUGCCUGUCGCCGGCGGGUGGAAGGGGCUGCGAGCCGCGAGGACUGCGAGCAGACGUCCCCCUCGCUGGUCUUCGGCCACUACACAGUGCUGCAGCGCGACAGCUGGGAGGAGUUCUUCCGGCUGCUCUUCCAAGGCCCCCAGCCAGGCGAGGUCAGCGGACCGCACUCCAUCCGCCGCAACUGGCGAGGGCUGCCCGGCCAGCUGGACGCUCCCCAUCCCGCCAGGCUCCACCUUGGCCAGAGCCCCUCCAGGACGCUCGCCAGGCAGAAGGCCUCCCGCCGGCACCGCAAGAAGUACCAUCACCGGGGGCGCUGGGGCCGCUGGAAGCCACAGAUCUGGGAGUCGCUGGGCGGGGGCAGCUCGGACUCCUCGGACCAGGACUGGCUGCUGGGCAGCUCUCCGUGCCAGCCCUUCCAGAGUGCCUAUUUCUUUGUGGACGACCACUACUACCGGUUCAACCUGCGGACUCAGCGGGUGGACUGGGUAUACCCCAGGUAUCCGCGCCCCAUCGCCAAAUACUGGCUGGGCUGCUCAUCGGAGGAUCUGGCCUGAGCCCAGCUACAGACCCCUCCGGACCUGCUGAUUCGACAAAUAAAGCCUGUGCCCACCA